UGUCUCCAGCUAUUGAUCUACUUGUUCUUGAAGGGGAUGCAUGCGCACAAAAAAUAAAAGCAUGAUUGUAAGUUGCGUUGCGAAGUUGAGUUACUUAGAGGCCGUUUUAGUUCUCACAAGCGGUUUGUGAGAAACUAAAACAUCAUAAAAACGAAAUCAUUCGUUUGCUUACUUUAUCCACUUAAUCUUCUAUAUUUGUGAUAAACUUGCUCUUAAACUUUUGUAUAUAUAUUGAUGAUAUCUUGGGCAUGGAUUUCAUCGACGAACACAGGAGAAAGACGGAAACGAGGCAAAAGGUGGAUUAAGGAGUAUUGAGAGCAAUCGAAGGUAGUUGGAAGAUUAAGAAGGAAAGAAAGUGAAACUGAAGACUCCGAAAGAAUACACGAAACAGUAUAGCAGUAGCAGUAGCAAUAGAAGAAGGAAGAGAAGAGCAAAUAGCAGUAGAAGUAGAAGAUUAGAGAAAUGUUGGAAACAGAAAGUUAUUAAUUGGUGAUUAGUUUGUUGAGGCUUUUAGCUAAACGUGGAGUAGCAAGAACAAGAACUAAAGUCAGGUUCUGUGCUACCCUCGAUGCUUACUCUACGCCUCGUGUCGACACACUUCUUGAAGCAACCAUAGGGAGCUAUCCGCCGCCUCGGAAGCGUAAAAACAAAGCUUUUGUAUGAUGUACCGUGAUAGGGACAUGAACCCAAAGCUCUUUGUAAUCUUCCAUGAAUUCUAUUUCUGGUUGAUCAGAGCAAAAUAAUUAACAACGUGUACCUUUCUUCCGCGAGCCAAACAGUUUAUUGCACCUACUAAAAACGUCAGCUUGUGGGAUAACUUGUAGAAAUUACUUAGAUCAGAAAUUUGUUAAUUACAUUCAAAUAUCUUGUUGAUAAUUUCACCAUUUGUACUUAAUUCAUUUUUAAAAAGUGAACAAAAAUUAUUGUUCAAACCAACAAAGACAUUUGUUUGUCUAAAAUACUGCUUGCCGUUGAAAUACGGCAUCGAGACUGAACUAUCUAUAUUUCAAUCUGUGGAGAGCUGCGAAAGAGUGCAUUUGCGGCAGUGGGUCGCGAGGAAGACGGAGUGGGAUGAGACGUCCUCAGCAAGAAGCUUUUCAAGAAGAUCAUCAUCAACGUCGUCAUCAUCAUUUUCUUCAACGUCCAGGUUCAUCAGCUUCAAUUGAACCUCGUCAAUCUAAUGAAAAGGAUGAGUCACGAUUAGCACGAGUGAAACGUGUUUUAACUGGCUCACUGCUAGGCCGUUCAGGGAAUACUGGAAAUUAUAAUCGAGUUUUUGGAGCACGACUAGAGCUCGUUGAAUCAUAUUUGGAUACUGGUGUCCCCUAUGUCGUUCAUAGGCUCUGUAAUUAUAUUGAAAAAUAUGGAUUCCAAAGUGCUACUCUCUUUCGUUUAUCAGGAGGAAGUCCAAGACUUACUGAACGUUUGAGAGCAGCAUUUGAGAGAAAAGGUGAUGCUGAUUUAGAAGGAGCAGCAUGUCCAUCAACAGCAGCUACGUUGCUAAGACAAUAUUUAAAAGAAUUGCCGCAACCUCUAGUACCUUCUUCACUAGUUGCUCGACUUCUUCAUGUUCAUUCUCAAGAGUACGCUGAUAAUCGUGAAACUUGGAUUGAACAAACACAACAACUUUUACUGAGUCUACCGCCCUCGCAUUAUCGUCUACUGGGUUACCUUGCCAAUUACCUCAGCAAGUAUGAAGCAAAACAUGGUCGAAGUUCUGGAGUUUGUGGAGUUUUUGCACCUGUCGUACUCCCUCAUGUUCCUCCAGCUACGACUCUUCUUCGAGACAUUCUAACUGAGGCCUCUACACUAUUUUCUAACUGCAAUAAGGAUUCAUCAGCUUAUGUAGCAACGAUACCCAACGACUGCGAGACCUGCUGCAAAGAACGAAAAACCGAAAUAAGUGAUACAAACAAUAGCAAGAGUUUGCUUUGCGCGCUGAAACCGCGCAAACGCAAGGAACGUCGUGAAUCCUGUUGUCAAGAAAGAAAAUUAAUAAGGAGCAAUAGUGAAGAAAAAAUUCUAGACAACCCAACUACAUUACCCGAAUCUAUUAGAAGAGUCAGUAGUCACGAGGACUUUAAUAGUGAUAAGCAUCUUCAUAUUAUAUCAAGACUUAAUCAAGACAUGGGACAUGGAGUGCGGUGUACCAAUUUACCCUUGCAUGAGAGAACAAACGUUUCUCCCGUGUCAACAAAACCAUCACCAUUGCCAUCUCCAUGUGAUCUUUUACUCAUCACUGAAAGACCUGAAUGUGAUGUGGAACAUGUUAGAAGUACUGAACGAUUUAGCAGGAGUAUUACACCACGUGGAAGACGUCAACCAAGACGAAGGAGAAUUCAUAGAGGGCUGGAAACCGACACGAAUUCCAGCAAGGAAAACGAAGAUGAAGAAACAGAUUCCAGUUUGAUAAUUGAUUCACCUGGUCCUAACCGUCGAAAUGGUAUUAGUGGACAAAGCUUUCUUGAAAUGUUAAGCAGUGGACCGAGUAGAUCACCAUCACCCGUGAGACCACCGCUUUUAGAUCUUGAAGAUUCAAAUAAUCCUGUGCCAACAAACUGGAUUUUUCCACAUCGACCGUCUACUGAGGAAGAGGAAGAAGAAGAAAAUGCGAAUGAGCGAGUUGAAGCGUUAACUUCUCCUAGAAAUUCAUUGCUAAUACCACGAAGAUUUUAUACAGAAAAUGAUGUUCCACAAAACGUUCCGGCUUCUACAGAACUAGGUUUAAAAACUCUUACAAAACACAUUAAUGGACUGAAAAAGAAAAUUAAAAAAUAUGAAGACGAAUUUGAAGAAAAUUUCGGAUAUCGUCCAAGUCAUUCAGAUAAAAUGAGUAACCGAGAUAUCAAAAGACUUUGUGUAGAGUUGAAUAAGUUAAGAAAAGAACAUAAAAUGUUGAAAGAAGAUCCGAUUGGUUUACUUAAAGCUACGGCUAAUAGUAAAAAUAAUCUUGAUAAUUCUGUCGGACAAAUUAAUAAUAUUAAUAGUCCAGAAAAAUCGAGAUCUAUGCUAAUGGAAGAAAUGUUGAAAGACGUUGAGAGAAAGCUUACCGAGAAAAGAUUAAAAUACGGUCGUCCAGAUAACAUGGAAGAAAUGACACAUGAACAAUUAUUAGAUGAAAAAACUGCUGUUCAAAAGGCUCUAUUGCAUAUUGAAAAUGCUUUUGGAAGACCGGUUUCUAAAGAAGAUCGUGCUGUUGUCCGGGUUCUUUACGAUCGAUACAGAACAUUGAAACGAUUAAUAAUCAGAGCUGGAGCCAAUAAGAAUAAAGAUAGUAUUUCGGAGCUAGCGACUAUUUUGGAGCAUGAAGCAAUGGAUUUUACAUCAUCAUCUCUUCCAGGUAAUCCAAUUGAUACUGAUAGACGAGCCAGUGAACCGGAUAUGUCUCAUCGAGGAAUUUUAGAUUGUAUUGACCCUUCUGAUCAACUUCCUACUGAUAGUGAUAGUCAACAUAGUAGUAGUGAAGGUAGUCGUGGACCAGGAGGUGAAAGUCUUCAUGCUCUUCCACAGGAAGAUCUUAUUGCUCAACAACGAGUUAUGCGAGAAGAAAAAAAACGACUUCGAAGAGCUUUAAAAGAACUCGAAGCACAGUUUGAAGCUCGCGCAGGAAGAAAAAUGCAAAGAGAAGAUAGAGGACCUCAUGUUACGACUAUUUAUGAGUCAUACAAACAAACAAAGGCUAAACUCAGACUAAUUGAUGCCCUCUUGUCCAAAAGCGCUUAAUUAGGAUUUACUAUGUUAUUUCUUUUACUUUUUAUAAAUACAUAUUUAUUAUGUAAUUGAUGAUAGAGAUUUCAAAAAUAUUUGUAAAGUAUUCAAGACAGUUAUUAUUAUAAUUAUAUCGAGU